CGGAGCCGCGAGCGGAUGGCGGAAGCUGGCAGGAGCCCGGCGAUGUCGCCGGACCAGCCGGCCGGGCAGGAGGCGGCGGUGGCGGCGGAGGUGGCUUUGCUCCCCGAGCCCGAGGCGCCCGGCGGCCGGUCCGCGCCUGCCUUGCGCUGGCUGCCCGGGGACCCGAGUCCCCGUGGCCGCUCCCAGAGCGACCUGACGUCGGCCUCCAGCAGGGGCCGCCCGCUCCGGGUCCACAUAUCCGGCUCAGUUGAUGGACUAGACAAAGCCUCCAUAGCAAACUCAGAUGGCCCCCCAGCAGGUUCCCAGACACCUCCCUUCAAGAGAAAGGGGAAACUCUCCACCAUUGGUAAAAUUUUCAAGCCUUGGAAAUGGAGGAAAAAGAAGACCAGCGACAAAUUUAGAGAAACCUCAGCAGUAUUAGAGAGGAAGAUAUCCACCAGACAAAGUAGAGAGGAGCUGAUGAGGAGGGGCGUGCUUAAGGAAUUGCCUGAUCAAGAUGGAGAUGUAACAGUUAACUUUGAAAAUUCAAACGGGCACAUGAUACCCAUCGGAGAGGAAUCUACCGGAGAGGAGAAUAUAGGGAAGUCUGAAGAAAGUCUAUCUGUAUCCGAAAAAACACCAGCUCGGGAGGAAAAGGCAGAAGAGAAGAAAGAGAAUACCGAAAGCUCUGAAACACCAGCUGCUCCUGCUCUACCUCCUUCAGUUCCUCCUAAACCUAAACCCAAACCUAAACCCAAAAAAUCACCUGUGCCUCCCAAAGGGGCCACUGCUGGGGCCAGCCACAAAGGGGAUGAAGUGACUCCCAUUAGAAAAAAUGCCAAGGCUCCCAGUAAGCAGGUCCCCAUCCCUCCACCCAAGCCAACAAGCCGAAACACGACCCGAGAGGAUGCUGGUUCUUCUCAUCUGAAAAAACCAACUGGCUCCAAAGCAUCAGCCUCACCAUCUGCUUGCUCCAUCUCUUCUCGUCCCAAAGCUUCCAAGGAAACAGUGGCUAGCAAAACAGGGACAGUGGGGACGACAAAGGGCAAGAAAAAAACUGGCAAGCAGCCAGCGACAUCCCGACUGUCCUCAGAUCCCACUACUUCUGACACAUCCAGUCUUAAAGGAGAACCUUCAGAGACAGGGGUGGAGAGUCUCAAACCAGAGCAGACUGUCACUGGAGCUUCGGAACAGGCCACAGGCAAACCCAAGGCCACUGUCCCUCUACCGCUUGUGGCUCCACCACCCUCCCCACCUGCCCCUCCUCUACUUCUUGAGGAUCAGUGCAUUAUUGCCUCGGACACUCCUGUGGUCCUGGUCAGUGAUGGAGCUGACCUGCCUGUCUCUGCCUUAGACCCAAGUCAGCUCCUUUGGACUGAAGAGCCAACAAACAGAACCACUCUGUACUCAGACGCUGGCUUAAGUGGUAGAGAAAAUACAAAAUGUGUGAUAACCAAAGAUGAGCUGGGGAAAGCCGGACCUCAGUUGCUGACUCCCGGGCUAAUGGGAGACUCUUCAGAAUCCUUCAGUGCCCCAGAGGAUGAAGGCCCAAGAGAGUACCAGGCCAAUGACUCUGACUCUGAUGGGCCCAUCUUAUACACCGAUGAUGAUGAGGAAGAGGAUGAGGAUGAGGACGGCAGUGGAGAAAGUGCUUUGAUAAGUAAGAUAAGACGAAGGGAUACUCUUGCUAUCAAACUUGGCAACAGACCAUCCAAGAAAGAAUUGGAAGACAAGAACAUCUUGCAGCGUACAUCUGAAGAGGAAAGGCAGGAAAUCCGACAACAGAUUGGAACCAAGCUGGUCAGGAGACUCAGCCAGAGGCCAACAACUGAAGAAUUAGAGCAGAGAAACAUCUUAAAACAAAAGAAUGAAGAAGAAGAGCAAGAAGCAAAAAUGGAACUUAAACGGAGGCUCAGCCGGAAGCUCAGUCUAAGACCUACAGUGGCAGAGCUACAAGCUCGAAGGAUCCUGAGGUUUAACGAAUAUGUAGAAGUCACCGAUUCUCCUGACUAUGACCGCCGAGCAGACAAGCCCUGGGCCAGGUUAACACCUGCAGACAAGGCAGCAAUAAGAAAGGAGCUAAAUGAAUUUAAAAGUACAGAAAUGGAAGUUCAUGAAGAGAGUCGACAGUUUACAAGGUUUCAUCGUCCAUAACAAAGUGUGGGACUGUUCAGAAAGAUGAGACUGACCAACUUCUGCAGAAGCCCUGCUUCCUGAAAACCUGACAUUGCACUGAGAUCUGAAUGUGUGUCUUUUUGUUCAUUGUGGUGAAGGAGGCAUGUGACUCCGCUUUGGUCAAAAGCAUUCCUUACCUGUAAGGCCCAGACAGGCCAGCAAAUCAAGGGCAGAACACAGAAAGCCUUUCUGCCCGGAAUGUGCCCUGAUGGUAAGGGGCACUUUGGUUCUCUCAGCUGUUCUUCAUCAGGAAUGUUACUCAAAGAAGAUAAGCAGGAAACCAUUGCCAGCUCCCAACUACCAGAAAGCCAAAUGGUAUAGUGCACGCAGGUCAAAGAAAAAUGGGAAUUGGAAUGGCUAAAGGUCACCACAACAGGGUGGGAGUUGAAAAUCAAAAAGAGAACGGUUUCAUUAUGUUAAUGAAGAAAAGAAAAAGUGAAGCAUAGCAUUAUGUGUAUUUUUGAAUAGGCAUUUGGUAGCUGAGAACCUAUAAAGGGAUUUGGGAAACCUAAGCACCUAAUGUGGAUUCCUUAAAGACUUGAUCCUAGAACGUUCUUGCUUCACCAUUAAGUUGAUGCAGUGUAGUACCAUUUUUUUAUGUUGUGCCAGUGAAUCCAGUUGCCAGAAAUAAGUCUGAAUGUUUUCAUGCAUCUUUUUAUUAAAUGCAAGAAGCUUCUCCUGAUUCUUCCAAGCAUGCUUACCCACACUGUGUUGCAUGUGUUAAGUAGCACAGCUAUCCACACUUGACAUUUUCUCUGCUUUCCUAAUGUAUCAGCCCUCCACAAGGGUAAGAGAACCUGAAACGAGGUCAGACAUAGCGUAACCCUGUAACGAGUUGAAAGCUUUAGAGAAAAAAAAUCUUCUGCUUCUUCCCUGUCUUCAUAAUCUCCAAAGGCAAGCAACCAUACUUGAUCUAAAGAAGGCUGUAUUGACAAUCAUGACACCCUUUAUAAAAACUGAAUUCAAAGUUGUGACAUACAAGUGUGUACUGCUUGCUGUUAGUUCUAAGGGGAAAUAAAAAAAAAAGACCAGUUAUUUUUCAAUGCUGCAUUAAAAAAAGUUAGGUUGUUGCUAUUUUAAAAAAAUCAAGCACACGGAUGAAGAAAAUACCCCAAGUCUUAAAAGAUCACAGAAAACUCUGCUAGUCUGUGUGUGAGGAAAAUCUUACCUUUCAUGUUGAAUCUGUGGAUCACGUCCAUAUGUACAAUAUUUACUUUCAAUGCCAGAGAAGCAGUGAGAUGCAAGUUGCAGACAGUUCCCCUAGGAGCCCACAGUCACUAUUGUUUACAUUAAGAAGCCUCCACUAUUACAUUGUUCUUCUCUCUGGCACCAGCCCUGAGCAUGGGAUCCCAAAUGCAUCUGCUCAUUUGUGAAUAUUACCUUGCCUUGCAUUGGUCUUUAACAGUUGUUUCGUAGCCCCUUUGAUUAAAACCAUAUGGAAUGAUUUUUUUUAAAAAAGCAGAAUCUAUGUAGAGUCUAUUUUAUUCCUGAGCUGGAACUAUUUUUUUUCUGAAAUGUUUAUGGUUCAGAAUGUGGAAGACUAUAAUUUUCAAUUUCAACUGAAAAGUCAGCAUUUAAUGUGUGGGAUAAGUCUAGAUCCUGCCAUUCCUUGGUAUUUGGAAGAACCACUUGAAAUUGGAUGAUUUCAUGUAAAACUAAAAAUGGUUAGCUGAAGUUGGCCUGUUAUAAAAAGACAGACUCUUAUAUGAGUAUCCACCAUUACUGCACCUCUUGCUAUGCUCAGCUAUUCGCAGUAAUGAAAGAAACCUGCAUUUUGCACUAUUAUCAUUUCACUAAUAGCAUAAGACAUACUGUGCUUUAAAAUAUAGAUAGAUAGAUAGAUAGAUAGAUAGAUAGAUAGAUAGAUAGAUAGAUAGAUAGAUAGAUAGAUAGAUAGAUUUAUAUCUAUGUGUGCCCUCUUAUCUGUCUUUGGCUAAGAGUUUAUUUUGUUAUGUUUAGUUUUAUUGUUGUUUUGCAGUGCUGAGAUUGAACGCAGGGUCUUGUGCAUGCUAGAUGUGGUCUCUACCACUGAGCUACAACCCCCCCCGUCACCUUUGUUUUAUAGUGUUUCUAUCCAGCCAUAAAGACUUUGUUCUUGUUUUUGAACUUAUUUUCUUCAUGAUAUUUUAUUACCGUUAUAGUAUCUUGAGAAAAAUACCAAGGUAUAUAAUGUUUCUUCUUCCAUUCUUAUAGUCCCUGAACAUUUUCAAAUUUCUAACUCUAUAUUCUCUGUGUAAUUGUAAAAACUAGACAUUAACACCAGUUUAUCACUCAACGUAUGUGUCAUAGAAAGUUUCUGUUUGGCUGAUAAAAGGAAUAAUCUUUUCCCCCACUAGUGGUGCAUAUUAUGUGAUUUUUACUUCACCCACUACAAAAAUGAGAGCCUUGGGGCGGAUAGUAUAGCUCAGUGGUACAGUGCUUACCUAAUAUUCACAAGACCCUGGCUUCCAGCUCUGUUAAAAAAAAAGCAACAACAACACUUCCUUGCUAGAACUAAGAGUGUG